GUGUUACUUUCGCGCCAUUGGGAUGAAUGGAUGAAUGCGCUUUCGAGUUCUUUGUGCAUCAUAUCAACACAGUUAAUUUGGCCGAGAAGGAGAAGUGAAUUAAGAGAUUAUUUCAGCUGUUCAGGUAAUUUAUGGAGACUUGCAUGCAGUGACGAACAGGAUCCUUUGCAGAAAUUAUAUGGUCUGAAAAAGUAAUCAACAUGCAACAGCCAAAUCGUUCUACCUCAACAGUGACUGGUGUUCCCAGUGUUGCAAGCGAAGUAAGUAACUCAUCUUCUGACACAGAAUCUGGUCAGAGGUUUGAAGACAAUCUUGCUACUUUGUCUGAAAUGUUUCCAGCGUAUGACGUUGCUACCUUAAGGAAUUACCUGGAGAGUUUCCAUGACAACCCCAACUGUAUGCCAAUAAUUGUUAGCAUGCUUCUGGAAGGGGACUGUACACCAGGUGUGAAUUUCGGGCAAAAUUCAACACAACAACAGUGUGGAUUGAAACACAAGGCAGAUGCUUCUACUGUUGAAGAUAGCUUGCACAAUGAGGAUCAAGUUGCAACACCCUCUCCAAGCAAAGUGAAAAGAGGUGGCAUCUGCAGAAAUGGAGCUAAGUGUUCAAGCUCAGCUGAUGUUUUGAGAGAAGCAGAGGAACUCAAAAGUAAAGCUAACAUAUUAAGCAGUACCACAAGGGAAAAAUCAAGUCCUUUGAGAUCACAUUCCAUUAAGAAAGAAAAGCCACGGUCAAGUAACCUUAACAGAAGCAAAACUGGCUCUUUGAGAUCACCUGAGCAUUUUGCGAGUGAAACAACAUCCAAUGUUGACAAAGAAGAUGACUUAGUCUUUGUCAAAAGUGUAGCAAACAGUCCAAAACAGUCAUUUUAUCGCACUAAACAGUCUAACCCAGGAACCACUUCACCCAAGCAACAUCAUGGGAUUUGUAUUCGCUAUAAGGGAGGAAAUCUCCAUCCUUCUAUGAAUAAACCUAAAAAGUUACAAAUAGUAAAAAUUAAUGCUGAUGGAGAAAAUACCCCUCAUUGUGACCAGUCAGCAUUGAAAAGACCACUUCAGCUUUCAACAGAUAUUCACUGCAGAAGUUCAGAUACGUGCUCUGGGACAGUUGCCAUGGCAGCCAAUGGCAAGGGUAACAAUCACAGCCCACUCAAACCUUAUACAAGUACAGGGUGUUCUGCAUCCAAGGAGAAAGCAACAGAAAAUCCUUCAGCAGAAAAUGCACAGGAAUGCCCAGUAUCUACAGAAUGCAAGCAGAUGGAAGAGGUAACUCAAUCUAGCAAUACAAGUAGCGAGGGUGCUUUACCUGUAGCAGCAGCUCUAAGUGAUCUUGAGAUUUUAAAGAAGGUAUUCCCAGAUGCCGACCCCACCUACAUCAGUUCACUUUUGGACAAGUAUGCAGGUGAACCUAACCAGGUAGCCCUGGUGGGUAAAGAGCUAGGAAGUAGCUCUGUCCCUCUGCAUGGGAAAAACAUGAAAAAGAAGGCUAUUCCACCAGUGACUUGGUUCUGGGAAUCAGAAAGUGACAAGCUGGUUCCAUUUACAGAUUCUGAAUGUAAAGCUCUGGAGAAAAAAUUCAAUUCCUGUGACACACAGGAUCAAUCUAGCCAUGCAGGUGUCAAGGCUAUAAGGUUGCCUGGAUCAACCAAACAUUUCAAGGUAAAUUUUGGCCAGAUGAUAAUGGUUUGUGAAAGUGGUCAGAAAACUCCAAUCAUUAGAGUUCCUGGUGGCAGCAACGAAAGGAAAGAAAUAGGUGGUAAAAGCUUAAUUCCACAAGAGGCCCUUAGUGUACCAAGUGACUGGCAGCAACAGACUGGUAGUGCAGAGCUGAUAAGUGUGCGUCCAGGCUCGGCUGAGUGGGAUCAUGUUCAGCGAAGCUUGAAAAGGAGUUUGAAGGCAGCCCAGGUUGUUGACAUACAACAGGUGCAGAACAAGUGGCUUUACAGGAAAUAUGCAAUACAGCGCCAUUUACUGAAAGACAAAAAUGGACCUACAUGCAUCAAUGAAAAGGAGUUGUUUCAUGGUACCAGGCUAACAAAUCCUGAUUCCAUCUGGAUGGGUGAAGAUGGUUUUGACAUGCGGUACUCUGAAAAUGGCAUGUGGGGACGUGGCACUUAUUUUGCUUCAGAGGCCGCAUAUUGCCACAAAGGAUUUGUGUUUUGUGUUGCGCAAACGCAACACUUCCAACUUUUUCUCGCUCAUGUCCUUACAGGAGACAGUGUUUUUCUACGCCCUGACGCAAGCAUAAAAAUGCCUCCUCUGAAAGGAGCAUCUAACAUUCGCUAUGACAGCAUUAAUGGAGUCACAAAUGGUUGUACAGUUUACAUUCUCUAUAAACUUGACAUGGCAUAUCCAGCAUACCUUAUUACUUACACUCUGAGCCAUUAAUCUUAGACCACACGGUAGUUUGAGUAAAAUGCAGUACGCAGGACUCUGAAAAAGGUGCUGACCAGUUGUCUGGGACAAGUAGAUUUUCCUGCUAGGCAAGAAACUUUUCAUUGUCACUUGCCGAAUGGGCAAGGGCCUAUGCAAGUCAUCUCCCAACUAAAAUUAUAAAAAAAAGAAAAGAAAACAGUAAACUAAGACUUGCCUAGGGCAAGCAAAAUUUGAAAGCUUCUUGUGCGAAGGGCAAUCUGGCAUUCAAGUUUUUUUGGAGCCCUGAGUAAGGUUAAAAAUUUUAGUAAUUUUAGGAGACCCUGUUGGGAUAGAAGUCUGACAAGUUACAGGACUCCUAGGUUGGUAAAUUGACCAUGAACAUGAAGACUUGAGCUCUAAUUUUGGCAAUGAGGUGAGUGUCCAAAAUCGGACGGGGGAGAUGCAUACCCUAACCCCUCCCCCUAACAGGGCCUCAUUUAGGUAGACCUCUUGCUACUGUUACAAAAUGACACUCUAGUGUAGAAAAGUUAGUUUAAAAAGUAUCACAAAAAUACGUUCAGUUAGUACCAGGACUUUUGUUGAUGUUUUCAGCAGGAGGGUAACUGUUUUUCACAGGCGAGCAAAACUAUUUGAAACACUUUACCAGAUGUUCAAACCAGGCAGGCCCUUAAUGAAACUCCUGUAGUACUUGCAGGACAUUGUUCUUGAGUUGCUAAAAGUAAGAUGGGGUACCUCUAUUUCACGAGGGCAAGGUUUUAUGACCAGAUUCAUCACAAACUGUAGUGGAGUUGCUUUCAAUUGUUUAAAGAAAGUACAUGAUAAUUUUUUCGAACAUGACUCAAGAACUAAAUUUUGCAAGGAUUACUCUCUCUUGUUAGCCUAACUUAGGGUAUUUCUGAGC